AUGGCCAAACGAACAGCCCCUUAAUCUUCUGAGUUUAGUAUUCUUCAGCUCUUAUCCUCUUCCACUUCCACUUCCAUUUCCGGGGGUUUCUCUCUCCUCGGUUAUUCUUUAUGAUGUGAAAUAAGUGCAGCAUUACAAUAUUCUAGAGGUAGAAGAUAUUUUCAAGGGAUUACUCCAUCUUCUUCAUUGAUCACCUGUAUCAUUUCCAUCCUAAAACCACUAGGAGUAGCCUCUAUCUUAUUUCUACCUCUAAUGUUCUCUUUUUGUUCCUUGAAAGAAAUAGACAUAUUAUUCCAUCCCACUGUGUUGCAAUCUUCAAAAAAAUAAACAUAUUAUCCAACAUUUGAAAACUGGUCUUUCAACAUUUGAUAACUAAUGGCACUCCAUGUUUGCCUUCCCCAAUUAAGAGCAAAACCAACAGAUAGAUUUCAGUAUUCUUUGACUUCACGCUUCCCAACUUCCUCAGCCAAAAUCAAAGUUGAUAAACAUGGUCUCCUUUCUAACAGUGACUUUUGUCUUUGUUCUUGGCAAAAGAUGGGUACAGGAAUAUCCAUCUUAAAAUGCUCAUCUUCAGAUAAUAACCAAUCUGACGUACAUGAUUCGAACAAGCUAGUAGAGCUCCCCCUCUUCCCGCUCUCUUUAGUUCUUUUUCCUGGAACAACUCUCCCCUUGCAAAUAUUCGAGUUCAAAUAUCGAAUAAUGAUGCACACUCUUCUCCAAAGUGAUCUCAGAUUUGGCAUCGUAUACUCUGACAAUUCCACUGGAACAUUUGAUGUUGGAUGCGUGGGAGAAAUUGUGAAACACGAAAAGCUUGUGGAUGAUCGAUUCUUCAUCAUUUGCGAAGGACAGGAGAGGUUCAGAGUUAUCAAUCUUGUUCGGACGAAACCGUAUCUUGUAGCAGAGGUCCAAUGGUUGGAGGAUCGACCUUCUGCAAAUGGGCAAGAUCAAGAUUUGGAAUCACUUGCUCUUGAGGUGGAGACUUGUAUGAAGGAUGUGAUAAGGAUAUCUAAUAAGCUCAAUGGUGAACCAGAGAAAGAAGCCAAGGAUCUAAGAAGGAAUCUAUUUCCUACGCCAUUCUCGUUCUUUGUAGGGAGUACUUUUGAGGGUGCUCCUAAAGAGCAGCAGGCUUUGCUGGAAUUGGAGGAUACAGCCCUGCGGCUUAGAAGGGAGAAAGAAACUUUGAAGAAUACGCUUAAUUACGUGGCAGCUGCGUCUGCAGUUAAAGAUGCGUUACAGUAUUCUUCGUCCAGUGAAAACUAGCUGAGAAGGAAUUGGAUCUGAGUUUCUGGAAUAAGAACCGUAGCUGAUGGUUGCGCUUGUAAAUAAGCAAAUAUUAGAUGCUGUUUUACUUUUGAUUGUAUUUCAUGCCAAGGUAUAUCUUGUAGAUUAGCCUUUGUUUUUUACUUUGCUGGCUGAGUAUAUUCCUGUACAAGAUAUAACUUAGCCCUUUGAGGAGCAAAAACAAAUGGCUUUCAACUGAUUAACAUGUCGAUCUGCAUCCGCUUUUUCUUAUAUGGAGCAUUUU